AUGAUUGCCUCUUUCAACGUCUUCCUCACAUGGAUGACCGUGUCCAUGAACGUCCGCCAGGCGUCGCCACUCGGCCAGGGGGGCCCGGCCAUCGACAGCGACUUUCCGGAUCCUACAAUCGUCCAGGACCUCGACGGCGCUUGGUAUGCCUUUGCGACCGAGCACGCCGGGGUUCAUGUCCAGGCGGCCCGCGCGUCGGCUCCGGAGGGACCGUGGACAAAAAUCGAUGGCAUCGACCUGCUCCCCAAAUCGAACAGUUUCUUUACCGGAAGCAACACCUGGGCGCCAGAUGUCCGCGUCUUGGGCAACGACAGCUACGUCUUGUACUUUAGCGGCCAGGUGGCGAGCAACGACUCGCACCACUGCGUAGGCGUGGCCACGAGCACGAGGAUACUGGGGCCGUACACCCCCAAAGACGAGCCCUUUCAGUGUGACUUGAGAGACGGCGGCGAAAUCGACCCGUCUAGCUUCCGGGACGUGGACGGCAAGACGUAUGUUACAUACAAGGUCGACGGCAACAGCAUCGGCGCUGGCGGCGAGUGCAACAACGGAAUCAACCCCAAGAAGGCGACCCCCAUCGUGCUGCAAGAAGUGUCCAAGAACGGCGUCGAGAAGAUCGGAAGCCCGCGGCAAAUCCUGGACCGCGUCGGGGACGAGCCGCUCGUCGAGGCGCCCGCCAUCUACCGGGCCCGCGACGGGACCUACAUACUAUUCUUCAGCUCGGGCUGCUUCACGGCGCCCAGCUACAACGUUAAUUACGCCACGUCAAAGAGCGUAGGAGGCCCUUAUACCCGCGCAAGCACCCCUUUAAUAAGCUCCAACGACAGCUUGGGCCUAACGUCUCCGGGAGGCGCGACGCCCGUGCAGAACGGGGAUGUAUUAGUCUUCCAUGCCAACUGCGAGGCCGGGAGAUGCAUGUUUGUUAGAAAAUUCGAUUUUAGAAAUAGAAUAGUUAGAUUAUUAUGA